UGUCAUUUGUCAAGUAAGCAAAGCAGCCAGGUCGGACCCAAUCAAAGCCAAAGAAAGCAAGAACUUCCCCGGCCGUCCAUGGCCACCUACCCCCUCCUCCUCCCCCUCCUCGCCGCCGUCGCCGUGGCGGCAGCGUCGUCCGCGGAGGACACGCCAACGGCGUACGAGAUGCUGGAGCGGUACGACUUCCCGCGGGGCAUCCUGCCGGAGGGGGUGGAGGGGUACGAGCUCGAUCGGGACGGCGGCUUCCAGGUGUACUUCCCGCGGGAGUGCGAGUUCCUGCUAGCCAAGCAGUGGCUGGUCAAGUACGACACGCGCAUCGCCGGCGCCGCCAGCGCGGGCAAGCUCGCGGCGCUGCAGGGCAUCUACGUCAAGGUACUCUUCCUGUGGAUCCCCGUCGCCGAGGUCGACCGCGCCGGCGAACGCCUCAGCUUCUACAUCAGCCCCGUCUCCACGUCCUUCCCGCUAAGCGACUUCGCCAGCAGCCCGCACUGCCGCGGCUACCACGACCGCGCCGCCGUCGCUGCGGCCGUCUCGUGAAUCAUAUGCUUUUUACAUGUGGGCUUCUGCUCGGUGAUUUGCCUUGCUAUUCAAUUAGUGCCAGUGUUAGCUACUACUACUACUUAGCUACUGCUGCUGGGGGAAAUAGUAUAUUUCACAUGGAAAACUCUAUUGAUACGGCUUGAUCAUUUGAACAAGACUCGCAUGAGUCGUUGUUUCAAUUAACCUUUGUACCAUCGUGGAUAUAUCAAUGAGCUCUAUACGAUUCCAGUUUA